AUGGCAUAUUUGCUUAAUCAGGGCAUUCAAAGUGCUUUCAAGAUUUGGAAAAACCUCAUCAUUUUCUUAGCUUUUUUAUCAAUUAUACUGUGUGCUGUAAAUUGUUAUCUGUCUCAGCAAAGCGGCCACCACGAACCCCCAGAGUAUCAGAAGUAUGGCCACAUGAGAGGUCGCACUAAGAUAUUCCCAUGGGGCGAAGACAACAAAUCUUUGUUCCAUAAUCCACACGUGAAGGCUUUACCCGAUGGGUAUGAACACUAUUAG